AUGUCCAGUCAGCAGCCAGCCGGUAUACUACCCCCUGAUCAUUUCCUCCUCCAGCCUCGUCAGGACUUCCUGCUCGGCGCACAGGAAGGACACAUCGAUACCUCCACUCUCGCUGCACAUGAUUUCGAUGUUGAUACUCGCACGGGUUUUAUGCCCCCAGAUCCUCCUUUAAGUAGACUUCCAGCGGAAUGGGAACUCUGGGAGACAGCACUAGAUGCUGCAAUGCAGGCAAAACUACAGCUCGCUGUCAAACCAGGUCUGACAGCCGAAGAGAAAAACUCAUCUGAGUCAUGGCGAGAACAUGUUCGACAGCUGCCUGUCCUCCCCAUGUCCGAGCUCACACACUCCGAGCUGCUACUUCGGCGCGCGCACCAUGUUCUCACCUUUAUUAUGCAUUUUUACAUUUACACACUCCCCCUAUCUUCCCCCGUGUUUAUUCCGGAGUCAAUUUCUGUCCCCCUCGUCGCCAUAUCUAGUCAUUUACAGCUACCCCCGGUCGUCACGUACUCUGACAAUGUCCUCUAUAACUGGGACACCAUCCGCACUAGGGCACAAAACGAGCUUGGAUUCGAACCUCCUGCUCUGGACAACCUUCGCAGUCGGGACUUGUUCUCCGGUACCAUAGAUGAGCAAGAAUUCUACCUUGCUUCGGCCCGCAUAGAGCUUCGCGGUGUCGAGGCUCUCGAGCUUAUGCGUGCGACUAUGGACGAGUUGUUCGUUGGCGACGAGAUCGCUAUCAGGCGCAUCACCGCAUACCUCCACAAGCUUGCGUCGAUCGUGCACGACCUCGAGACCAUCCUGCUCGACGUGCACUCCGAUCCUGCCCACAGGAAAUGGGUGUUCGAAGGUAUUGACAAGCAGCCUAUCCACCUCUCAGGGCCAAGCGCAGGGCAGAGCGCCCUGAUUCAUGCUCUAGACGUAUUUCUUGGUCUAGACAAUUGCAAUGUGGUCGAAAGUGGUGUUACGCCGGACCAACGGACGCUAUUGAGAAGGAUGCAGAUCUACAUGCCGCGUCACCACCGCAAUUUCUUGCGACACCUCAGCGCGAACCCGCGUCCUGUGCGAACGUUCGUGACGCAAAUGAAGCCUGAUGUAGAGCUUUUGGACGCGUACAAUUCUGCAGUGCAGUCGGUGAAGGAGUUUAGGGAUGCGCAUAUCAAGAUCGUGGCAAUCUAUAUUAUUGGACCUGCUGCUCGUGAAAGGAUGGAGCUCGAGCAGCGCAGUGGGAAGCAAAUGCUGAAGGGCACUGGCGGGACGGAUCUAGUACGCUUCCUUAAAGGUGUGAGGGACAAAACUGCGGAGGCGGUCAUAGAGCCCACACUGCAGUAG